AUAUUUCCGUGUGCAUCAAAUAGCCAGGUAUCAGAGUUCAACCAAAUGUAGUUACGUCCUAAAAUAUAUGUAUAUGCAUAUGUGUAGGAACUUUGUUUUGUGUGUACAAAAUUUCAGUUCAAUAUUUUACCUUUUGCGACAACGCAAACUUACCUCGAUAUCAGGUAAUAUUGUGUUCAAUGCCUUUUUAUAUCGUGGUGAGUGUAGGUAUGUCAGAGUUGCUUCAGAUAGAAAAGAAGGAAAGGAAGUACAGGGCAUGUGGAAAACGACUAAUAUUUGUAUAAAGCGGGCCAUAAUGAAUAAAAUAAUUUUUUGCUUAUGUAUAAAUUGUUAACUUUAGUUAGUUAAUAUGAAUACGUAAAUUCAUAUAUACGUUGAAUUAGACCUACUGGUUUACAUUUGUUUAAUGCUCGAGUUUGCAAUAAAUGUAUAACAAAUGCAACCUUGCUUUUCAUUAGUAGCUCGAUUUGAACGCCUCGUGUUCGUCAUCGGAGUAUCAAUUUUGAUGUUUUAUAUCACAAAAGAAUUACAAUUGAAAACAAAUUACAGAAAAUGGUUCAUUAAAGUGGAUUGAAAUUAAAAGAUCUAAAAAGAUAUUUUCGAAAUCGGCCAAAUUGUGUUCAAUGCGUUAUACUAAAAUAUUUUGAUAUUGGAGACUCACGCAAACAAAGUGAAAAACAAAAAUUUAUCGACUAUCAUCAAGGAGCAUAAAAACUAAUUCGGUCGUACAAAAUUGUUACACCUGAUCUUUAAAAAUAUUGAGCAGGUUUUAUAUCGGUAUUGUGCAAUAGCGAUUUGCAUACAGUCUUGGUUAUUUGUCAAAGCGGUAUUACUUUGCGCUUUGGAAGAAAUCGAACUUAAAUACAUAUUGAAGCACCAUUACAAUUGGUACAGUUAAAAUUGUCCAAGAUUAUCCACCAUGGCCGACGUAAAUGACGCUAGUGAUGUUUUCGAUUUAGAACUACAUGAGGAGGAAAAUCCACGCGAUUCAGAUGACGACAGGAUCGAGUUGGACGAUGUCGAUUUGGAGCCGGAAUUAAGUAUAAACCACAUUCAAGAAGAGGUGGAAGGCCAGGAAACGAUACAGUUGUCGGAAGAAACUGUAAAUCCUGGGAAAAUAAAAUUGGGACCUAAAGAUUUCGAGUUGAAAAAGGUACUGGGAAAGGGUGGUUACGGUAAAGUGUUCCAGGUACGGAAAACUGCUGGCCGCGAUGCAAAUAAAUACUUUGCCAUGAAAGUUCUCAAGAAAGCCUCUAUAGUCACAAACCAAAAAGAUACAGCGCAUACAAGAGCCGAACGAAAUAUAUUGGAGGCAGUAAAGCACCCAUUUAUAGUUGAACUUGUAUACGCUUUUCAAACCGAUGGAAAAUUAUAUUUAAUUUUGGAGUAUUUAAGUGGUGGCGAACUGUUUAUGCAUUUGGAACGUGAAGGCAUAUUUUUGGAGGAUACCACAUGUUUCUAUUUGAGCGAAAUCAUUUUGGCAUUAGGCCAUUUACAUAAAGUUGGCAUCAUUUAUCGUGAUCUAAAACCAGAAAAUAUCCUAUUAGACGCACAAGGACAUGUAAAACUAACUGAUUUCGGUUUGUGCAAAGAGCACAUCCAAGAAGGCAUUGUCACGCACACGUUUUGCGGCACAAUUGAAUACAUGGCACCUGAAAUUCUAACUCGGAACGGACAUGGCAAAGCAGUUGAUUGGUGGUCAUUGGGUGCUCUUAUGUUUGACAUGUUAACAGGCAUGCCACCAUUCACUGCCGAGAAUCGCAAGAAAACAAUCGAGACGAUCUUAAAAGCUAAACUAGUACUACCUGCCUACCUCACACCUGAAGCAAGAGAUUUAGUGCGUCGUCUAAUGAAACGUCAAGUGCCACAAAGACUAGGAAGCGGCCCUGAAGAUGCAGCCGCCGUACAGUCGCAUCCAUUCUUUAAACAUGUGAAUUGGGACGACGUAUUGGCGCGACGUCUGGAGCCACCAAUCAAACCUAUUUUGCGGAGUGAGGAUGACGUUUCACAGUUUGAUACAAGAUUUACUAGGCAAAUUCCGGUAGACUCCCCAGAUGAAACAACGCUCAGCGAGAGUGCAAAUUUAAUAUUUCAAGGUUUCACAUAUGUAGCACCAUCGAUCCUAGAAGACAUGCAUCGCGCGAAUCGUAUGCCAGCGCGUUCCCCCCGACGUACACCCCGGCAACAUCAUGAAGGCUCGUACCGUAUGCAAUUUCCAGCACAGCGUGGCAUCUAUCCUCGUGCAACGCCACCACAUUUACAAGCUUUUCCUCCACGCCCCUCGCCCCAGGACGAAAUGAUGGAUGUGCAGGGAGUACCCAUUGUGUAGUCAAAAGCCGAAGGCGGUAGCAAAUCAUCACUAGCGAUAGCCAACGUGAGAGGAAGUAUAAACGAUCGGUCGAGGAAAAAUUAUGGUAGUAAUAGGGCGAAGGAGAACAUGUAUGAAACGAAAAAAAUCAACACACCUUCACUACAAACAGAGAAAAAAGAAACUGAUUAAAACUUAAAAGCAGCAACCAAAAAUUUUGAUAAAAUAUAUAAAAUGCUGCCUAAUGAUUAUUUAUACAAAAGCACAGUAAUAAUUGAUGGAACAAGCGAAACAUUGUAAAAUUAUCACAAACAAAGAAACGAAGGGAGGGAUGUUUCGAAAAUGAGUUCCAUAUUAGACGUAAAAACAAACAUGAAUACCAAGCAAGUAGUCUGUGUAUGAAAAAGCAGAAUACCAGAAUACUGCCCAGGUGAAAAAGUGACGUCUCUUUAGUUGGGAAUAAUUUGUGUGCGUACGCAACAAAUAGUUUAUAUAUAGUGUCUAUGAUAUAAAAUGAAAAAUAAUUAUUAGGAUAAUGACAUAAACCGAAAAAAAGGAAAAAGUGUGAACAACAGCAAUUAAGGCUAAUAUUAUGAAAUCUAAUUACUACAUACAUUAAUAGGAUAUAACUCAAUUGCAUAUGAAGAAGAAAACUUACAAGUAAUUUAAAAAACAUAGUUCUUAAUAUAAAUGAAAGAUUUAAAGAAAAUAUAGUCAAACUUUGGUUCAUCAUAUAUAUUUUGUGCCUCAUUGCUCGUUGUCGCCACCCGCUUGCGGUUUUGCAUUUUCGUGCAACUCUGCCCACGUCAUCAUCAUCGUCUCUGACUAUAAGUAAGCCAUGUAAAUAAAUACCGAAAAUGAAAGAGCCAACACUGUCAACUCCACCACUAUCAAUUAUAUGUAGUUACCAGCAUCAAACAAUUAAAAACAUACUUUAUAUAAGUUAAGAGCGAUCAACAGGAACUUGUGAAAAUAGACGUGAAAGGCAUUGUCAGUCCACUUUACUUACUUUACUUUAGUUCAAUUUAGUUUAUACAAAUAUAUAUGAAAGUGAAUGUAACCAGUCACCAUACAUAUAAUAAAUUAAUGUUACAAUAUAGUAAUGGAAAUAUGUACGUAUUUGUGGAUAUUAACAAACAAUAUACACACGUACUUCUAGUUGAAAUGCAGGGUGCCACAGAAAUAAAAACAAAAAACAUGGAAAUAAAUUUAUCAUUAAGUAUGAAAAGGAGCUACUGUAUAAUUUUCAAACUAUUUAAGAAAAUAAAUAAACGUAUUGUAUCUACUAUCGAGUUGGUUCCAGCAUCGCCAGCCUGCAUACAUGCAAAAUUAACGGAAAGGUAUUGUUUGUUUUUCGUUGGGAACCGAAUGACUCAAAUAUGAUAAGGUCUUCUAUAAAUUUAGACGGCCAUUAAAUAAUUACAGAAGUUUUUAAAAAAUAAUCGAGAUUUUUAGGGAUUAAAUUUUGAAUCGAAAGUUUUCUAAAUAAUUGGUUAUAUAAAUUUAGGCUAUUUUCAUUUUCUGGAUUUCGUAUAUUUCCUAAAUUUUUUCUUUAAGUAUAAAUUGAUCACAACCCCUAACCAUUGAAGCAAAGAGAAAAUGAAAGAAAGAAAUAAUAUAACAAUCAAUUAAAGAGAAAAUACUAAAAAUAAA